GGUCUGUGCUUGCUUCCUUCGAUACAAAAUGGAUCCUUGGGAAGAAGAGCCAUUCGCCCAUUGACCAUUCAUUGGCAGUGGUUUUAAACAACUCUUUAGUUUAAAGAAUGGAUGAGAUAAACCAUAAAAAUUAUCUUGACCAAAUUACAAUCUAUAUUAAAAGUUACUUGGAAAAAAAGCCUGGUAUUUGUCAAGUGAAAAAUGACAUCAAACCACCAGCUGAACGUCCAGCAGUUCUUAUGUGGGAACAGAAGCAUUGUCUUCUACUUCCUGAGGACUUGAAGAAUUUCUUUCUUACAUGCAAUGGAUUUCAUCUUACUUGGUGUGUUACAAUGGAAAAUAACACUGUUCCAGUCGGCAACAUGGAACUCUGCUCAAUUAGCCAGCUGGUUUUACUGGAUGCUGCAGUGGAUGAUGGCUCUCAUCUCACACCUUCUUUGUGGGACCUUGAUGGAGACAAAGACAAAAAUGGCAGAAAAUUGCCAAGCUUUGUCACUAGCAAAAUUUUUCAAUUAGAUCAAUGUCAAGGUUAUGGUAAAGUUUGUCUGGUUUACGAUGAAGUCACUCCAAAAGGAGACGAUGACGUUGAUCCUGAUAAUGAAAAUGACUUUAAGUUUCCAAGUGAUUACACAACAGAGAUUUGGUUUCUGGAUCGUUCUCUGCGCUGGCACUUCAUAUGUCCCACUUUCCAAGCUUAUUAUAGACUGAUGCUUAUGCAUCUUGGUUUGCCUCAUUGGCAAUUAGCAUUUACGGAUAUUGGUCUGCCACCAACAUCACUGCAAUGGUUCAACUUGUAUGCACCAGUUCGACUAGAAAUUGAUUUGAUGGGAGACGUCACAAAAAGCUCUCAUACCGCAGGAAAAGGCAUGGCCUCUUCACCUCUAGAUCUAAAUAAAGUGUUCAAAGGAAAAAGUGAUCGCAAGAAACCAGGAGCUGCUCAAAAUAUGGCUUCUGGGACAAAUGUGUCGAAGAAAAGACAGCCCAUUAGUUCUGCCAGGUCAGCAGCAGUAGCAGGGAAACAUGUCACUGCCUCAGUCUCUCAGCCCAAUGUUAAAUCCAAGUAAAGAAUCUUAUUAUCUACCUUUGCUUAUUUUUUGUUUUUGUUUGUGUCAGUUUCAUAUUAAAUGUUAAAAACCUGAACUGAACUAAAAUAUCAAUAAAGAUUUUGUCAUCAUCAGAGCUUAGACAUAAAUCUAAGAAACUUCUAAGACUAAGACUGCUUUAUUGAUCCAUGUGGAUAUAUUUAUUCAGCAUAUACUUAAGUCUGUGUUAAGUUUUGUUUGCAUUUCAUUGUUCUUUCUUUUUCUUAUCCCAAUGUAAAUAAGAUUGCUUUCAUUUUUUCUUCAAUUACUGAGAAGGUGCAAGAGACUGUAUUUAUUUGUUGGAAUCAAAUGUUAUAUUAAAUACGUUUUGACCUA